UUGACUCACUGCGAAACUCGAAGGUUAGAGCUAGACGAAAAUGGCGAGAGAUGGAAACGGACACGAUGCUCUGCCGAAAAAGGUUGCGAGCUCUGAGAAAGACGAAGCUCCUUCAAAGAAAGAUUCGGCGAAAGCGCCAGAAAAUUCGGAUGUAGACUCGGAAACCAAGAGAAAGCACAGCAGUUCGAGGAGGAAAGCGAGAAAAAUCUCGGAUUCGGACGGCGAGAAAGCUCAGAGGAGGAAGAAGAAAUCUCGGAGGCGCUACAGCAGCGAAUCGGAUUCGGAUUCCGGUUCGGGAUCGGGUUCUGAGGACGAUGAGUCCGAGCGGACCGGUUCGGAUUCGGAGUGUUCCGAGUCGGUGUCAGAGAGCGAGGAAGAGAGGAAGGAGAGGAAGAGGAAGGAGAGGAGGAGAAGGAGAGAGCGUGAGGAAGAGAGAUAUAGGAGACGGAAAGAGAAGGAGAGGAAGAAGCGGAAGAAGGAGAAGGAAGAGGAGAGAAGGAAGAAAGAGAAGCGGAAGAAGAAGAAGAAGGAGAAGGAGGAUAGAGGGAAAAAAGGAGCAGUGACAAAUUCUUGGGGAAAGUAUGGUGUUAUAAGAGAAACUGAUAUGUGGAACAAACGUCCAGAGUUCACUGCAUGGUUGGCAGAAGUAAAGCAGGUGAAUCUGGAGAAUCUGUCUAAUUGGGAAGAAAAGCAGAUGUUCAAAGAAUUCAUGGAGGAUCACAACACAACUACCUUCCCUUCUAAAAAGUACUACAAUCUUGAUGCUUACUACAGGCGUCAAAUGGAAAAAGAGAUGAAAAAGGGUUUUAAAAAGGUCCUGGCAACUGAACGUACUGUUUUCAAUGAUGAAGAACAGCGCAGGCUAGAAUUGUUGCAAGCACGUGAAAAGCAUAAGGAAGAGCAAGUGAUGGCUUUAAAGCACUCUAUGGAAAGUGGAAUGGCACAGGCAAUGAAAGAGCAAGCUCAACUCAGGGAAGAGAUGGCUUACCAAUACAAGCUUGGAAACUUUGAGGCUGCUGCCGCUAUCCAGAGAAGAUUGGACCCUGAUGCUGCCAUAUAGUCAGGACACACCUUGCCGUGAAUCUAAGAACUAGGUCAUAGGGUCACGAUGAUCACGUCAUCAUGAAAAUCUAAUUUUAUGCCACUCUGAAUCUUUUGGCCUUCAGGGAUAGCAUAUACUUGGAUGGGUUUUAUUUGUUCCAACAUAUGAGUAAUGCUCACUGUUAAUGACUCUUCUAUUACUAGUACUGUUGCUAAUCGAAGAGUGUUGCCUUUUCACACUUGGGAGUUUUGGCUUUGAAUUUGACAAAGUAAGCAUUUCAAAACUGUUGAGUCCAAGCUACAUGCCAUCAAAAGUGCCCAUCACCCCUCACAUGGACGGAUAUUGAAAACGGUGAUUACUUGUAAACAGUCUUGUCAGUAGGAAAUUUGUUUGCCCUUUCCUAGUGUUUGUCAUAGCUCGGAGCUUUUCCUUGGACUGUAAUGAGCGAACAUUGAUUCGAUACCAUAUUUGCAUGAGUAUAUAUGCACGGGAAUGAGUUUAA